AUGACGGUCAAGACGAUGAAACUCGGUGGUACCGCUUCCAACAUCGAGGUUGCCAAGAUUGGGCAUGGAAUUAUGAUGAUGACGUUCAGACCAACCCCCAUUCCCGACGAGCAAUGCUUUGAAACUAUCAAGGCAGGCUGUGACCAGCUGCCCUCGGGCGCCAAGAUGUUCAUCAACGCCGGAGAAUUCUACGCUCAGGACCUCGGCCCCGCGAACUUAGAGCUGCUCGCACGCUUCUACGCGAAAUACCCCGAGUACGCGGAGAAGACUUUCCUGUCCGUCAAGGGUGGCGCGACGCCGGGCACGCUCCAGAUGGACGGCUCGCCCGAGAACUUGAAACGCAGUGUCGACUUCAUCCUCGAGAAGCUCGGGCCGCACAAGCGUCUGGACCUGUUCGAGUGCGCACGCGUGGUGCAGGACCCGCCGAUCGAAGAGGUGAUGAAGACGCUCCUCGGUUUCGUCAAGGAGGGCAAGUUUGACCACAUCGGAAUCAGCGAAUGUGGUGCGGCAACGCUCAGGCGCGCGAACGCCGUCGCCCCCAUCGUGGCGGCGGAGAUCGAGGUCAGCCCUUGGGCGUACGAAGAGGAGACCAAGAAAGUCAUUGCCACCGCCAAGGAGCUUGGGAUUGCCAUCAUUGCUUAUUCGCCGCUUGGACACGGCUUUCUCACCGGUAAACUCGGCCCUCAGGACUUGGAAGCCGGAGACCAUCGUGUGGCGAUGAGUCAUGUUAAGGAAGGCAACUGGGACCACAACGUCCAGCUCGUCGAGACGAUCCUCUCUGUCGCGUCAAGGAAGGGUAUCACCGCCGCUCAGCUGUGCCUCGCGUGGGUGGGCUCUUUGGGCUCGCACGUGAUGCCCAUUCCAGGUUCUUCGAGUGUAUCCAGGAAGCUCGAGAACCUGGCGGCGGGCGAGAUUGAGCUCUCCGAGACGGAGGUGCAGGAGAUCGCAGACGCGAUGGCCAAGACCGGAGUGAAAGGCGAGAGAUUCAUCGAUGCCCCCCAAUAUGUCUCCAAGCUAUGGGCAUGA